AUGUAUGAUUAUCAAUUUUCUGUUAAAGGAAUUAAAGAUAAGAAGAGGCCAGAGUCAUGGGCGAAAAUAACAGCUUUAUUAGAGACAAUGGAUGAAUUUAUUGCUACAGAAUGGUUAUGGUUCAUAAAUUCGUCGGAUCAAAUUAUAAUAGGAUAUGAUUGUCAUGGCCUUAAUACGGAUUCGUUCUUUAUUAGGAAUACCAAUUGGUCAAGGAAAUUUCUUAAAAUAGUUUAUAAUUCAGAACUUUAUGAAACUUUGAAUCACGAUAAUAAGGAAGAUGAACGAACUGUAAUACAAAGGUUGAUCGAUUUUGAAGGCUACGAUAUUGCUGAUAAAAUUAAAUUUGUACCUCUUCGAACAUUGAAUGCUUUACCUUUAAUAAAUGAUUGCGAUAAUGAUAAAAGAUAUUCAUGGCACAAAGAUGAUUUUUUAUUUAAUUUUUCUGGAUGUGAUACGAUGGGUGAUACAAAUACAAAGGAAAACUCGAAAGAUUUGUUAAAGUUGCUCGAAGAAUAUCAAGACCAUGAUAUGACAAUUAUAGUUGGAGAAGAACCAAAUACCAAAACUUUUUAUGUUCAUUCAAAUAUACUUCGUGUUAGAUCCAAUUAUUUUAAAACUUUUUUGUCAACAAAUUGGAUUCGUAGAGAAGAUGAUAAGAUACGUUUUUCAAAACCAAAUAUUGAUCCUGAAAUUGAAUUUCAAGAAGAUUUAGAUCCAUUAAUUAUAUUUGAUUGUAUUAAAGCAGCGGAUGAAUUAGGAAUUUUAGAAUUUCUUUUUUAUUCACAAAAUUAUUUAUUAAAUCAUAAGAUUGCUUGGUUAAAUCAAAAUUUGGUAUUAAUUUAUCGAGAUAGUUUUGGAUUAGAUUCGAUGAGAGAGUUACAAGAAUUUAAAUUAGGAAUAACCUUGAAGAAUUGUAUUAAACAUAUUAGAUUUCAUAAUAUGAAUAUAAAUGAAAUUGUUAACAAUGUUUUACAAUAUAAAGAAGUUCUUGGAUCAAAGGAGGAGUCAACGAAUAAACGCAAAACGACCAUGAAAAAGAAAUUACCAAAUAGAGGAGCAGCGAUAUCAACAAUAAUGAGUUCAGGUGAUGCAGCCAUAAUUGCCAGUUGGAUUGAUCGUAAAGAUAUAUUUAAUAAUCAAGAAGGAAAUACUGAAAAUAAUAAUAAUGAAUUUAAUGAGAAUAGAAAUAAUAAUAAUAAUAAUAUAAAUAAUAAUAAUAAUAAUAAUAAUAUAAAUAAUAAUAUAAAUAAUAAUAUAAAUAAUAAUGGUAAUAGAGAACAUAAUUAUGAUAUAUUUGUGGGAGGUUAUAAUCCUGAUGUUUGGCAUAAUACUUUAUGGCCUCAAUAUAAAAAAAAUGAUAAGGCAUUUAUAUUUUC